GCGUUGUAGUUUGUGGGAAGUGGCACAUAGGCUGCGACAGGGGAGGACGGGGAGCCGUGAGCGGUAUUCUUGGCGUAUGGCAUAAAAACACCCCGAGCCGUACCAUGAGUGGGGAGCCCGACGCACUAGCAGUUGUUAACCAGCUGCGAGAUUUGGCUUCGGACCCUCUAAACCGACGAGCCAUUGUACAGGACCAGGGCUGUCUUCCUGGCCUCAUUCUAUUCCUUGAUCAUCCCAACCCUGAAGUUGUCCAUUCUGCUCUACUGGCUCUCCGCUAUUUAGCAGAAUGCCGCGCCAACAGAGAAAAGAUGAUGUGCGAACUGGGUAUGAUGUUGAGCCUCCAAAAUGUUAUACAAAAUGCCGGAAGCAAAAACGUUAACCUGCACAGUUUAAGGCCUAACACACCAGGAGACACGCAGCUGCUAGCCACCGAGGUUUAUGAAUUGCUUCAGUCAUCCAGCACGGCAGAUGGCGAUUGUAUGAAUGAGCUGAACUCACGUCGGCGGAAAGCACAGUUUUUCCUUGGUGCUACAAAUAAACGCGCCAAAACUGUGGUUUUACAUAUCGAUGGUCUUGAUGACACGUCUCGGAGGAGUCUUUGUGAAGAUGCCCUGUUGAAAAUCAAAGGAGUCAUUAGCUUCACAUUUCAAAUGGCAGUACAAAGAUGUGUAGUGCGAAUUAGAUCGGAUUUAAAAGCCGAGGCUUUAGCUUCAGCCAUCGCAUCCACCAAAGUAAUGAAGGCUCACCAGGUCGUAAAAGGCGAAACCGGUGAAGAGCUGUUGGUUCCGUUUCAAGACACUCCGGUAGAAGUCGAGCAGAACACAGACUUACCAGACUACUUACCGGAGGAUGAGAAUUCUGCGAAGGAGCAAGAUAAGGCAGUGUCUCGUGUUGGCGUCCACCAGGACAGUGCGAGUAGUUGGCUCGGCACGGCAGCAAACUUUUUAUCACGGUCCUUCUACUGGUGACAUGGGCUUGUUAAAAGACUGCAGAACCAUUACAACACAGGUUACUAUAAACCCAGUGGACUGCAAAGUGCAAUAGAAUAA